AAUCACCGGAAGGCCAGUGUCAUCACAACCUGUGGAAGGACAGGGCGUUAGAAGUGGCGGGAAAAGUUUAAGGCCCCGUGGCUUUCACGUGCACUUUUGGAGGAGAAGAGUACGGGAUCCGGGAAUUGGGCCGGGGAGCUCCUGGGCUGGGACCCCAAUGCCCAGAGUGACCCUCACCAGGAACUUCCACCUGAGGCUUCCGCAGGAAAAUAUCCAAAAUGACUGACUUAUUUACCACUUUGGACAAAUUUUUGCUAGAACUGGUUUUCCAGUCUGAGCAAGAUUCAAAUGCCAAAGAAGCUGCAGAGCAACAGAUUGCUUUAUUCUGUACAAAUAUAAAAGAAAAAAAGAGGAAUAUUUUUACUCUACGAGACAAAAUAAACACAAGUGAUGAUGAAAUUGAUCAUUACCAUAAACAUAACAAAUAUAUGAAGAAAGAUUGUAUUAACUGGAUGCCAACAAAUGAUGUCCUUCAUAAACAUGAAGAUUAUUUGCAGGAACAAUUUCAGAAUCACCAGGAAACUACCGAAAAAGACAAAAAAAUGUAUCAUGAUUAUAUGAGACAGUGUAAUGAUACCUUGAAACAAUACCAGCUACAUUACUCAGAAUCUUCUUUUGCUCAAGAGUAUUAUAAGAAUAAAACAGAAGUAGAAGAAAUAAAAAGCCGAAUAAUAACAUGUUCUGAGCAAUGUAAAAUUAAGGAAACUAUUCUUAUGGAACUUAUAGUGCCAGCUCCCUUUAAAUCACUUCCUGACUGGGCGUUACAAAUUGUUCAUUUGAGAUCUAAAACUGAAGAUAUUCUUAAAUAUGCUUCAACUUUGAUUUGCAAAUCAUCUACACUGAAGAAAGAAGCAGAUGAAAUAGAAAGAAAAAUUAAUUAUUUAAAUCAGCAGGCUGCCAGAAUUUCUGAAACUAAGAACCUUUCAAAAGUCCUAGAAGAUAAAAGUGACAAAAUAGAAAAAACAAAAGAAUUUAAAGAGAGAAUUUUUGAAGAACAUGGACGUAUUUGUGAAUUAAAUGAGGAUCUUCAAAAUAGUAAACUAUUUCUUCCUUAUAAUUCUCAGAAAUUAGUUAAACCUGUAGGGAAUGAAAGACAUUUCCCAGAACCAAGAGGAACAGAUAAAAAAGAAGAAAGUUCAUUGAGCUAUUCAACACUUGCCAAGAUUGACUUCAGACCAGAGAGAAAGGCAACACCAACACCGGAAUUUGAUGAAUCCAUGAUGAAUAAAUAUUCUCAAGUUUCAUCUCUUAAAAGUACUCAAAACUUGCUACAAUUAAGACUAUUGACUCUUCAGAAGCAAUCAGACUAUAAGCUAAUGUUUGACAAAGGAAGUACAGAUUCUGAGGGUGGCAUAAAGGAAACAGAAAAAAAAUUAAAAGAUUCCACAGAUACCCUACAAGGUGGCCACACAGAAUACCUGGGAAAAUCAGUGGAGGAUAAUCAUGACAAAACUGAAGGAAGCCCUGAAAAAUUAACAAGCACUCCUGAAAUGCCUCAGUUUUUAAGAACUCCUGAUUUUUUGAAAACACCUGAACAUGGGGAGAAAUUAGAGUUUUCUAAAAGUCCUUCAUCUGAACUGCUCAGAAAUAUAGGACUUGAAGGCAAAUCACAAAAGACACCACCUGCAUUUUCUUUUCUCAUGGGCUCUUCUGUAUCACCUGGAUUUAAUUUAUUUGAGUCUUCUGAUUUUGGAAAUGAAAACUUACCAGAUCAGUUUGAUGAAAAUUAUUCUUCAGAAAAUUUAAAUCCUGUCUCCUCACAAAAAGAUAUUGGAGGCUUAUUUGGAAAAUUGGAAGGAGAAGAUACUUUUCCAUUCCCAUUUUCAUCAGAAGCUUCAACUCAACCAUUUGAAGAUGGAAAAGAUGAUUUUACUUUUUCAUUUUCAUUUGAACAAGAUCAACAUUCAUCACAUUCUUCCUCUUCAAAAGGUUUUCCAUCUUCACAAAAUACAAAACAGUUCACUUUUUUUUGAAUACAUAACUUUGUUACCAAAAAAUUUGUAGUAUGAUUUUAUUUUACAUUGUUACUGGAAAAUAUAAAUAUUGUCUAUUUUCUUGCCUUUCAGUUGAUAUUAUGCAUUACUGAUGUUUUAUGAGAUUAUAGUGACUUAAAUUUGGGGAGUUUUUAUUUAUAUUAAAGGUGAUUCCAUGAUGCUUAUUAAGGCUAGAAUUAUACUCACUUCAACAGAUAUCAGUGAUAAAUAUUGAGCUUGAUUGGACUCAUCGCACUGUGUAACCAUAUUAGGUGCUUUAGAAGCAGCAUAAUUCUUUCAAGGCCACCUUGUACUUCUUAGUGCAUCCUUGCAUGGUGUUAUUCAGUGUUGUCAGGCACUUAAGCAUGAGUGAACUGGGGGCAUAUCUGCUUCUAAGUGCUGUCAAGUGGUACCUUAAUGUUAUCCAAAAACGAAUAUGUCUCCAAUCAUCUGACUUGUUACCAAGAAGUGAUUAAAGUACAGAGAAAAAAGCUUAUGUAAUUUUUUGAGUAGAAAAUGGAAGAAGGGAGAAUAAUUAUUUCAAUAUUAUUUUUAUAUAAGAUAGAAUUAAAUGAAACAACAUAAUUGGUACAAAUUCAGGGAAUUGUAUUACCGGGCUUGUAGUGAUAUUGUCAAUAUCUUAUAUUUACUAUAUUCUAUAUGGACAUCUUGCAAAAAUUAGAUUACCUUUGUUACUUUACCAAAGGCUGAAUAUUCUUUAUGCCGUACAUGAAAUUUACAAAUAUUUGUUAUGUGUGAUUUAAAUUGUAAUACUUGGGACUAUCAAUUUUCUUAAUAAAUGUAAUAUAUCAUUUACACCUUUGGUUUGUGUGUAAUUCUUUCAGAAAUCAUUAACUAAAUCAUAUGAGAACUUAUGGAUGACUUAGUUAGUGAUGAAUAGCCUUUAGGAAAAUGGGAUGCUAUUAACAAAUACCAGCAAUAUGAAUUUUGAAAAGUGAGAAAUUCAGCCAGUUAACUUACAUUUUUUAUGGUUGGGUUCUUAUUUAGAAUAUUUUUGCAUGAUUACAUGAUUCAUGAUUUUUUACACUCCUCUUCCCUCCUCAUUCCUGAAGCUGACAAGCAAUUUCACUUGGUUAUACAUGUAUCAUUGUUCAAAACCUAUUUCCAUGUUAUUCAUAUUUGCAAUAGAGCGAUCUUUUAACAUCAAAACCAGAAUCAUAUCCCCAUCAAACAUAAGAUCGAUCAUAUGUUUUUCUUCUGCAUUUCUACUCCCACAGUUCUUUUUCUGGAUAUGGAUAGCAUUCUUUCUCAUAAGU